AUGGCGUCGGCCAACAAAUUUUAUUUCAGAAGUCUCAGGGACUGCCUUAUAUUUUUUUAUUGGUUGAACACCGAAAACAAAAAGCACGCCGAGAUUGCAGCGCAAUUACAUAAUCGUAUCAGUAACUAUUAUAAUAAUGCUGACAAAAGUAAAAUGCAAACGGCGUUGUCAACUUUCGUGUCCAACGUAAAUAAAUUCUAUAAAAAAUUGGUGAAGCAGGAAAUUCCUAAACAAGCAGUAAGCUCUUCCAACUCAAUCAAAAGUAACGCCAAUGUGAUAGAAAUUGUCGAUGCCCUUUUAGAAUGCCUCCCUAAGUUCCUCUCCGCGAUGUAUUUUUUGGAGUAUUGCAUAAAUCCGAACUUUUCGAAACUUGGCGGCGGAGGUUGGGAGUAUGACUGGCCUGGGGCGUUCAGCGAGAGCUACUGGUACCCUAAUAGUGGCGGUGAUCUUGAUAAGUAUCUAUAUGAUCGAUCAGGCUCUGACAACGGUGGAAUAAUACCUGGCGGAUUCGGUAAAGUUGAUAGAGAACUGCGAUAUUAUGAUUAUUCUGCUUAUCCUCAGGGUUUCAACAUGGCCAUCGACCUUACCAAUAUUGUGAAAAAGCAAAAUGACAAUUUUUUCCGCCACGUAUUCUCCACGUCGGUAUUGUCCCAAAAUUAUGGCGUCAAGAUUCCUAACACCGCAAACGCUAUUGGUUUGGUCGGAACUUUUUGCGAUUUAGUGAAUGCCGAAAAAUCUACUGACGGCGGAGAUUUAAUAAAAACUUUGAAUACCGAUUUACAAAUUAAACGUCCUGGAAAAUGCAUAAAUUGGGGUCAAUUGAAACAGCAUUGUUCGAAACUUAAACAAUUUCAAAUAAACACAUUAUUCACUGAUAAAACUUUUAAUCACACCGGUCAAUCACUGCCCACUUCAUUGCUUAAGACGAGGGAUUUUGCGACGAAAACAGCAGAUUGGUUGAGAGGUAAUUUGGAGGCAGUGCGAACGAAUUUGAAGAAUAUUAGUACGACUUUACAUGUCGAUGACCAUAGACCUACCGAUGGACUUGGGGCCUACUUUACGGAACAUUUCUUUCCCUAUGGAUUCAUUUUUGGUUUUCAACAUCAUGAAAAAUGGAAAAUGAAUGCGAAAACUCUGCUGCGAAAUUGGAAUGGCGUAAUUGAUUCUCUUCGAGACGACGAUGGCGGACUUCAUAAGCUUAAGAAAAUUUUGGAUGGUGACAAUUGUCCACAAGAUAAAGUUAAAAACCCAGCCCCACCGACUCAACCCUCUGCACAGAGGCCUAGGCCUAGGCCUAGGCCUCGGCCACGACCCCGACCCCGGCCUGAACCCGCCCUUCCAGAGCCUGCCCAAGUCAUGCCGGAUAAUAAACAUUCGGGACCUCUACCUCAACAACCUGAAGCGUCGCUUGAAAGUCCCACGAAGAGCGAAUCUGCAAACCCCGUUGCAACUAAAACCGAGGCCACCCAAAAAGGGUCGACGAAAGCCGACCCACCGAUGCCAGCUGCCACUAAAACACAAGCUACGGCACCUCAGGUUAAAAAUGGUGACGGAACUCCAAAUCAAGGCACUGCAGGGAAAGGAGCGCAGAACCAAGGAAGCAGUAAUAAUGCACCUCAAAAUCAAAAUUAUGGUCAAAAUAGAAAAAAUGCUCAAAGUCCACCAGGCAAGGAUUCUCCAUCUCCUCCUUCCGGUGGUGCAGGAGCGCCAGGGCAGGCAGGGCCUAAAGGUAAUCAAGGCCCGCAAGGCUCUUCUAGUACCGGGUCUACAAAAUCUCCACCUAAAAAUAAUGUUAAGCAACAGCCUCCAUCUCAACCUCAACCAGCGCCUCCCCCUCCAGCCCCUGCCCCCAGUGCUCCUGCAGGCCCUAGCUCCACUAGUCAGCCGGGUGGCGGGGGUGGGAGUCAAAAUGGCGGUGAUGGUGCGGGUCGAAAGCCUGGUGGAUCCACAUCUCCUGGGAAAUCUCAGUCGACAAGUGUUCAAUCUCCAGGCUCCUCGUCAUCCAGUGUCGUUGUUACCAGGAGUGGUCAGGGUCCUCCCGCCGCUGGUCCACAAGGUGGUAAUGGGCGGGGUUCACAGGGCAGUGGUAAGAAAGGUCAAAAGCCUGUCGUCACUUCACAGAGUGUUACCACUCAGCCUUCAAGUGCCACGAACCAAGUCACUCAGUCAACUGGUUCCAGUGGUGGUAAGGGUCUUCCUGGCGCUGGUCAAUCAGGUGGUAAUGGGCUGGGGGGACAGGGCAGUGAUUCUAAAGGUACGCAGCCUGUUGCCUCUAAAACCCCAGCUCCACCUCAGGCUCCAGGUGUUCCACCCCCAGGCGCUCCGUCAUCCAACGUCCCUGUUACCAGCAAUGGUCAGGGCACGGGGGUCCAGGCGUCCACUCCUGGCAUCACUCAACAUGGUAAUCAAGCACCUCAUGCAGGUAUAAAUGUCAGUAACACGGCGUCAACCGCUGCAAAUUCAAGCUCAAGUGGCACGGGGGGUACACCAAAUGCUGGUCACAAUUCUGAUGAAGAUGAAAAGAAAAAGCAGUUGGAUGCUUAUAAAGCUGAACAUAAAAAGAAAUGUGAUGAUAUGGAAGCAGCAUUAAAAAGGGGCAGACAACGAUUAGCCGAAAAACAGCAAAAACAGCAAAAAAAGUUGAAUGCUGAUCUCCAAAAUUGGAGGCGUCGUCAGUACUAUGCGCCGAAAGAUUUGAAUAUGAAUCCACGUUUGGCUGUACAAACUGGAACACCAGAUCUAGCUCUCGAUGGCGUCGAUGUUUCGCAUGAAUCGUCCCGUGAUUCCUAUUUCGCUAAGCGCAUUGAAGGCCUGGAACAUCAAUUUGAAGAGGAACAACGAAAAAUGGAACGAGAGCGUAAGUACAGAAUAUCGCGAUUGGAAAAUAAGCAGAAACUUGAUGAAAAUCGCGCCAAAGCAUUACAAGAGCAACAUGAACAAUAUGUAGCAGACACACUCCGAUCUUUGGAACAGACGAAAAAAGAUAAUGCGAAACGGCUGUCAGUUGCGUUAGGUUUCGAUGGUGACGUUAUAAAGGAUGAUUCCGUUAUGAAAAAACAAGCACAUGGUAUAAAUAUGCAAAGAAUCGCUAGACAGAAUAUUCUUGCUAAUAGAAAGCUUACUGAUGAAAGAAUUCAAAAGUUGGUUGAAUCUGCCGAGUUAAAUGAAUACAAGGAUGCAGUGGAAUAUAAAAAUCAGCAGGAACAUGGUAAAAAAAAAUUUUAUAAUGACGUUUUUAGUGGCGGCGACGUUUUCAUUUCUCAUCCAAAGCGUGAUGACUCCGUUGGUAAUUUUGAUUUUUAUCUCCCUCAACAUAUACAGACUGCUUCAGAUAUGCCUGACCACUCAUUUGCGGAGAGUAUAUCCAGAAUGUCAAUCCCUCCUGUCUCUCUCGAAAUUACGGCACCGCGAAACCCUGCUGAUUACAACCACAACGGAAUGGACACUGCAAACGCAACGCAGAAUGCUGACUUAAGCUUGGAAUCGGGUCCCAUUCCGACAGCAGGCAUAGGUUUAGAUCCAUUUUUAGACCAGUUUGAUGAUAAAUUCGAAAUUGCUAAGCCGCCAGAACGCAAUCCAAAUGACCCUACCAAUCCUGACUUUACGCCUACAACAUUGUCAUUUCAAUUCCAUAACAAUCAUGAAUUGUCUUCGGCAAACAUAUUACCAAUUCCCCCUAAAGUUCUCGUCGAACGCGCAGACCGUGAUACGACUCAAAAUGAAAACGAUCCCAAUUAUUUAGAUAUCCAAAUCCACGUCCCCGACCGUACAAUCCAAGACGAUUCUUAUCACAUAAACAUAGACCCUCCCUUUCUCCCAAAACUACAACCCCUGGACCUAAUAGACCCAGUCACCGCCGCCAUCAAUCUCGACAUAGAACCAAUCGACGCUCCGGAGUCCCUCCCAAACAGGUACGUGGAUCCAUAUACGCACGAUGCGCAAUCUGUCAGUAUGUGCACUGCGCCGUGGAUGACUCAGGCAGAAAUCGGAGACUCCACCGAUAUCCCCGACACGGAGCUGUUCCCCGCCGAGGCCCCGCGCACCGUCAGAGAUAUGCUUCAGUGGCUGGCUGGACUUAGGAACCCAAAACAUCAUAGCACUCUCACAGAAUGUUUUAACAAGGCAUUUGGUGGUUCGCAGAGUGACCCUUCACAGCUUGCUCUCUUAGUCAACGGUUCUUAUGUCCGACCCAAUGAUGUCUUCGACAUACUCCAACUUACCACCAUGUUUGCAGGUUCUGUGCUAAAUUCCAUUGCACCUAACUGGAAGGCAAACGUGUCAUCAAGAAUCGUGAAGCCUAACUCUUCCACCAUAUCCCAGGAGCCUGAUUGCUGCGCUCUCCUCUGCCAGCUGCGUGACUACGUGUACGCCUGCCACUACCAGUUGGAGUUCCUCAAGUCGCAGUGUAAUCGGGAUAAACUAAGUGGUGGUUGGAAAAAUGAUGAGUACGGCAGCGACAUAACUUCUCUCAACUCCCCCCUCCAGGCGUUCCUGACUGACGACUGGGACUCCGACUUCGAGACGCACCUCUUCGACCCUUGCAACCUGUGCCUCAAGAGCAGGGUGAGAAUGGGAUUCAGGGAUGAAGAUCUGCCUAAGAUAUCGAAGCAGGGCAGUGUCAUUUCCACCAUCCUCACUCCCAGCUGCGGCGGUGAUGACCCCCUGCUGACACUGUCCUCCUACCUCAACUGCCUCACCAGGCGGACGCCGCGCACCACCGGGGAGCUUGUGUCCUUCUUCCAUCAUUUCGGUAAUGAGCUGCACGAUUAUGAUCAGAAAGCACUUUCCUCAGUUGGAACAGCACUCUUCACUUCCCAUGUAGACUGCCCCGACUGGGACCGUCUAGGUGCCUCCGACCUCCAAGCUGUCAAGGGCAUCCGAGGCUCCGAGUCCCUCAACCAGAAGUCCAACUCCAACCACAGCAAUGAGCAUCCCCGUACCCUGUACACACUGGUCGGCUGCAGCAGUGACCCUGACAACUGCCAUCCACGUAUGUCUCCCAUCACGUACCGGGCCUACGCCCUGUACUCCCAGAGCUUCGCCCACACCUACCUCAGCUGGACGGUGUACCUGCCGGACAGGCUGUGGGAGUCACUUCAAAAGCUGCACUAUGAUUUGCAAAAGCAUCUUGGCAGCGGCAAGUGCACAUCCCUCUACCUGUGUUCCACUGCGCUGCCCCUCCUCUACACUCACGGGUUCACGCCGCCGGAGGGUCAAUCGCAGUCGACAGUCAAGUGCUAUGAUGUUAUGAGUAUACUGAAGGAAAUUGUCAACGGCAAGCCUAUCGCAUCACUCAUGACUGCCAUGGACGAUUUCCUCUACAACAUCCGGGAGCCGUUCAUCUUCACUUUCGUAGCACUGUGGUCCACAGCAUUACUCAUCUUCGCCAACACGAUGCUAUAUCGCCUGGACGUGCUCUACAUCCGAUCACACCUUAUCCGCACCAAGGCAUCUCACGUCAUCGACGUCAAGGCCUUACUCACCAAAGGCCGGAAGAUGCUUUCACUUUACAAGGACGUCGACUACUUCGACGAGGACCCCAUUGGUCAACUUAGUUUCUAA